AUGUCUGGGAAGAUCAUAACUAAUUUAAUAGCAGAAAGUGUUUUGUUAACGAAGACCGUAAAAUUCAUUUCCGGCUAUUCGCCCAUAACUGUUUUCUUAACGGCCGCUUUAAUUGUAUUUUUGGUGAUUUACAAUAAACGUCGCGCUCGCCUCGUAAGAUUAAUUGAGAAAAUUCCUGGACCAUCAUCGUUACCGUUUCUGGGCAAUGCCAUCGAGUUGAAUGUAGACCAUGACGAACUAUUUGCGCGAAUUACGGGCUCGCAACGUUUAUGGGGAAAUCGCUAUGGUAUUAAUAAGAUAUGGAAGGGUACAUCUCCCUAUGUAUUGUUAUUCGAUCCCGAAACUGUUGAGCCCGUAUUAAAUAGUCAGAAAUUCAUUGAUAAAAGUCGCGAUUACGACUAUUUGCAGCCUUGGCUCGGUACGGGUCUGUUAACCAGUUUUGGCCGAAAAUGGCAUUCUAGGAGAAAGAUAUUAACGCCUGCUUUUCACUUCAAAAUUCUCGACGAUUUCAUUGAUGUGUUCAACGAACAAAGUGUUAUAUUAACACGAAAACUGGAACAUGAAGUCGGAUCAGAAGCUUUCAAUCUAUUCCCUUACGUCACUUUAUGUACUUUGGACAUUGUCUGCGAAACCGCUAUGGGACGCAGUAUUUGUGCUCAGAGCAAUAGCGAAUCUGAGUAUGUUAAAGCGGUUUAUGGCAUUGGUGAAAUUGUACAAAAUCGCCAGGCAAAAGUGUGGCUACACUUUGAUACCAUAUUCCGUCUGACUAGAGAUUUUAAACGUCAUCGCAAUUACAUCAACACAUUGCACGGCUUCUCCAAUAAAGUGAUACGCGAGCGCAAAGCGGAAUUAUCUGAUAAUGCUUUCAAUAAUAAUACGAUUAGCAAUAUAACAGACGGUUACGAUGAUUUGGGUAAAAAGAAACGUUUGGCAUUCUUGGAUUUGUUAAUACAAUACUCGAAAAAUGGUGCUAAACUGUCAAACGAUGACAUACGUGAAGAGGUGGAUACAUUCAUGUUUGAAGGUCAUGACACCACUUCGGCCGCCAUAUCGUGGACGUUAUUCUUGCUAGGCUGUCACCCCGAAUAUCAAGAACGUGUAGUAGAAGAAUUGGAGUCAAUAUUUGGCGAUGAUCGCGAGAGUCCAGCUACCAUGAAAAAUCUUCUUGAUAUGCGUUACUUGGAAUGUUGCAUUAAGGAUGCUCUGCGCUUGUUCCCUUCCGUACCAAUGAUGGGACGCAGUAUUGGCGAAGACGUGCAAAUCGGAGAAUAUUUAGUGCCCGCUGGCACUACUGCUAUUAUCAUGACAUAUAUGUUGCAUCGUAAUCCCCGCGUAUUCCCCAAACCAGAGCAGUUCAAUCCCGAUAAUUUCUUACCAGAGAAUUGCGUCGGUCGUCACCCGUUCGCUUAUAUACCCUUUAGUGCAGGUCCACGCAAUUGUAUCGGCCAGAAAUUCGCCAUACUCGAAGAGAAGGCUGUCAUCUCGACAGUUUUGCGCAAAUUUAAGAUCGAGGCUGUCGAUAGACGUGAAGAUUUAACACUUCUAAGUGAAUUAAUAUUGCGCCCCAAGGGUGGUUUACGUAUUAAAAUCACGAAACGUGAUUAG